GGCAUGUCGUGUCGUAGAGGAGCACCCCUCCAGCCCCACCCGGACAACUGUGCCUGGUACUUCAACUGCUCCAUGACGCCAGAUGCAGUGAUGGAGACCUUCUACAACGGCUUUAUCAUGGAAUGUCCAUACCCUCAGCUGUUCUCAGCGGAUACCAUGCAGUGUGAGGACUUCGAGGACGUUGAGUGUAGAGGGAGGGAAGAACCAAAAUCGCCAUGUGACUACCGCGCCAAUCAUUGUCACGAGACCUCACAUUGCAUCCCAUGCUGGGUACGUUAUGCCAGUUGCCUAGGGCAGGACGAUGGACUGAACGCAUGGCCAGAACUGGAAUGGAAGCCUUUCUUCGUGGAGUGCUACCAGGAGAGAACUGUGUUCCAGGGCGUUUGUGAUAAGAGUGCCGUCUUCUCCCCGCUCACCCGAGCAUGCGAGACUCCAUACAGCAUCCCACGACAACAUGGCGGAUGGAGGCCCAGCUGCGAAGGACGAAGAGACAAUGUCUACGCCGACGAAUACGGUAGAUGCGACGUGUACUACGCCUGCAAAGGAGAAAUGUUUACGGGAUUUUUCAGAUGCGACUCCGAACAGCUUUUCAAUCCAAUAACAAAGAGAUGUGAAGAUUCGGAGUAUGUCCCCUACCCAUGUGGCAACCUUGACAUGCCCAAUGUCUGCAAGGACAGACAAGAUGGACUCUUUCUUGACGCCUUUGGAAGAUGCACACACUACCUAGAAUGUACAAGAAACAAACUGGCUGGUGUAUCCAUGUGCCCGAAUGGAAUUUUCAACCCCGAGAAGCGUAUAUGCGACGUAUCUGGAGACAUUGUCAAACCCUGCGGGAAUAAAACAAACCCAUGCCUACGUUUAGAAGAUGGCUACCAUCCUUCUCCAGACGCGUCAUGUCAUAGUUACAUACAGUGUGAUAGAGGGUUCUUUGUCGCUAAAUUUCAGUGUGAAAAUAACUUAGUCUAUAAUGAAGCUCUCAAAAUAUGUGAUGAUGUUGGUAGUACGUCGCCCCCUUGUGGCAUCGCGCCUCCGUGCAACAGUAAAACCGAUGGAUUAUAUCCAGCGCUCAACAAAGGACUUCAGUAUUUCUACGAGUGUAAGAACAAUGCCUUCAUCACCUACAGACAGUGUAAUCUGGACCAAGGGGGACUUCUCUUCAGUUCUAAGAUGACAAGAUGUGACCUACCUGCCAGCGUGUGUCAAGACUUAUACCAAGCUGAGCUCAAACAGAGAUGUUUCUAAGCAGCAGCGCCGUUGUUAUUCUCGACAUCGUCGACUAAACACAAUCUACAAUCAAGGCCGGCUUUGGAUUCAACACACUCAGAUGGAUGAAACGUCUUAUAUAAUUAGAGCGUUGGUUAAUUGAGUGCCCUUGAUAUUAAGGCUGAAUGUAUUUGAAUUAGAUCGAGUGAGGAUCCUUGUAUGUCAUUACCGGUACAUUAACCCUGUGUUGAAAGAUGCGAUGUUCAUGAUUGAUGUUUAUGCAGCCACUCAGAAAGAAUUGGUGUUGUCUCGCAAUAAUUUCACGAGAGUGCGAACGUUUUCCUUCUCUUAAUCCUUCGAUAGGGGAUUACAGUUUCAGAUGGUUUUAUUUAAUACGCCAAGGUGACAUUAUGGUUUUUGUUCUGAUCCCCGAAUGAUCCUAAAGAGACCUGACAAUAAUCUUAAAUUAUUUUCUGGCAUGCUAAAGUCGGUUCCAGUUCUGGAGUUAUUUUCCGUUUUGAUGCUAUACUGUUUUAUGUAACCCGAUCUGACACCGAGCAAUGCUGUUCGCGAAUAUACAUUUACAUUCGUUUGGUACAAUUUGAACUCAGUUUGAAGUGGUUGAGAAAUCGAAAUUUAAAAUCCAAGAAAUUUGAGGAAUUUAGAUAAAAUUCAAUUUCGACAUUCCGACCCAUUAUUCUUGAGGUCAUCAGCUGAAGAAAAGUGUUCACAUAUAAGGCCAUCAAAUAUUUGUCAGAAACAGCGUAUUUUGAAAGCGCCAAGGUGACAAAGUUAUGUUAAAGUAUUAGGCACUAGGGAGAAAUCAGUGAUAGGAAAUUCAGUUCACGCUGGAGACUAAUCAGUCUCGAAUAUCUGAAUCGACGUAUCAUAUUUAGCGACGUUUCAUAUUUAGCAAAUUUCUCUUAAUGACUGCCAUGGAAUUUCUGAAAAGACAUAACUAGGCUGUUAAUGGCGAAACCGUGAUUAGAAAGCUUAGUUGUAGGCAAAAUAUUAAGAUACUCUUUUGUUAAAAUCCGAACAAAAUUGAUAGUGAAAGAAAAACUAUAAAAACAAAUAUUUACCGGAAAAUAGACCAAGACGUAUCGAUGUCCUUGGCCGACCGUUUUAACUUAUCCACACAACCAAAAACAUUUAAAACUUUUCAUAAACCUAAUGUAUGGAUACCUUUUAUGAAUAUUACUUUAUUUGUGUUCUAAUACAAAGCGAUUUGGAACACCAACGUGCAAUGUAGUUUCUAGUUGUAUAUAUGUGAUUGGUCUUAUUUCAGGUUUUGUUGUAUUAUAUAUAUAUGUACUCAGUGCAAUCAGAUCUGUCUAAUAUAUGUAAAAUAUUACCAUGUAUUAUAUUAUACUUUUGUACUGUAUAUGCAAAAUAUCAGUAUCGUCUAUUCUUAUCUACACCAUCUAUGACAUGUUGAAAUGUAAAGAGCAAUGCUUUCUUAAUAGGAGAUACAUCAGAAUACAACAUCGUUCAUGACCUCAUGACUAUUUGUACUGUCAGUCAUUUUGUUUAAAUAACUAUCAUUAAUAAUAUCGUUUGUAAAUAUACGUUAUUUUGUAAAUAGUAUCCUUAAUUUGUACUUAUGUAUUUCCUAUUGAUGUCAAUAUAAUAUAC